AGUUCUGCAUUGUAGUUGUGCGAGAUAAACAUCGUAGUUUGUAAACAAAUUCAACCGACCCAUGAACUGGACGUCGGAAACGAUUAUAGGAACGGUAAAACCGGCCCAGACAAACACUCCCGUCCCCUCAGAGCCAAUCGGAGCUGUCCCUAUACCGGUUGCUGCCACUAGCAAACCACUGCUGCCGGGAACUGUGAAUAACAGUAAUCAACCCGGCAAACCGUCGGGUAGAAUUGCGGGCACCAUCAACAUUGCCGGUAGCAAUCAUCCCGGUGUGAGCGCCGACGAGCUUACUAAGCGUGCUAUUGAGGAAAUCAACCGAGAUGUCCGCAUCGGUCGGAUCCGUUCCGAGCAAGUUGGUGCCCUGGGGUGGCGUCCGUGUCCAUUGAAAAAGACAAACAAGCGCUUUCUCAACCGGACGGUACGUUCUGCGGUACAGCACAACAAGCGGGAAGCGGUGCGGCACUUUCACUCAUCCACCCGGAAGCUGAUCGAACUGGACCAGCCGGAAGGCGACACCCGUUACCGGCAGCGUAAGAGAUCGGUUAGUGGUAGUAGCGCGAAGGUGGUGGUGCUGGACGAUUUAGAGGAUGGCGAGGUGCGAGAUGAUUGAGCGAUUAGGUCUAAGAUUAUGUUUAUUAUUGUGAUUUUGGAACAUAAAAAUAGAUGUGCUUCGGGAACGA